ACAACCCAAGAAACCCUACCGCGAAGCAUUCCCCCAAAAACUGUCAAAACCCCUACAAAACUAACACGGAAGAUAUUUUAAUCCACGAUAUAGUGGAUUACAUAUCACAGAAGAGCCUAUAACAAACCACCAAUUUACAGCUUCAUCCUUUCAGGGGUUUCUCGUGGCGCUGUUUUGUUUUCAAUGCACGCUAAAAGAUAUCAGUAGCCAAUUAGAUUGAGUGGAGAGAUGAAAUCGCCCCGUUGUUUCCAAAGCUUUUUGAUCCUGAGGAGUGAUUUAUUUUCCGCUCGUGGGAGCGAUAGGGAUUGUGUGUAUGUGUGUGUGAUUGAAUCUCAUACAACGUAUGAAGGGAGUUGGAGGAAAACGGGAAAGGAAAUUGAAAUGGAUAACUCGGCCGAUAGGGAUGGUAGGGAGGAUGAACUGUCCGCGAGAGAGGCUCUAGGAUCCUUCUUUCAUUCGAGAUUUGGUUCGAGGUUGGUAUAUAUAUGUUAUGUAUCUUUCUUUGCUUAUUCUCAGAGCCUCUUUCUUAAUUAUCAAUCUGUCAGGAUACGGGUUUUGAUACACAUUCUUUUGUUGAAGUUCUGUUCGUCAUUGUUUGAAUUUGGUUUUGGAGAUAUUCCUCUGGAAUAAAGUAUCUUUCCUCGUUACAUUCUUUCUAAGCUGUUGUUUUUAUUGCAAUCAUGCAUCUAUCAGUCCUUACCAUUUUAGCUUCUUCAAGCCUUAUCUCUGCAAGACAUCUACCUCUACACUCACUUCAAUCUGUUCGCAAUGCAGGAUUAUUUGGUUGGUCUGUCCAGGCUUCUACUUGUCCGGCAGGCAGCACAUCUUGUGGAGAUACGGCGGCUGGUGCAUGUUGUCCUUCGGGAAUGUUUUGUGCUACACCUGCGAAUUCGGAGGUUGCAGCUUGUUGUCCUUUUGCGGGAGAAUGCAGGAGUGUAAUUGAAGCAGCACCUAAAUGUGCAGAUGCCUCCUGGAAUCUAUGGGAUGGAUUGGAUGGAAAUGCUUUUUGUUGUGAAGUGGGACUUUUGGGAGCUUAUGAUCAUAUUUCUCACCGCGCGGGAACGUGUGUGGAGACUGUUGUGAAGCCUACUACUUCGGCGGUUUUGAGAUCAACUGGAACAGGUUGUGAAGCAACAUCUUCCGUCGUUGCUACUACGAGCGCUAUCUCUACUACUAUCACUUCGAUUCAGAAAAUAUCUACAGUCAUUUCAGUGAAGAGCACCAUUACUUCAGACGCUAAUACUUCUGCUUCUACUUCUACUUCUGCUUCUAGUUCCGCCAGAAUUGUUGGUGAAAAUGAUUUAGCUGUUGCUGCGCCUGCUACAAAAGCCUCACAUUCCAAGGCAACAUCAUCAACCAGUUCUAAGGUUGCAUCAAGUGUAGUUGCAACCUCAAAAUCUGCAUCUACAUCUGCGAUCGCAACUGCAGCCGCAGCGCCUACCGGAAAACCUGUCUUCUUUCACUACAUGAUAGGAGGAAUCAAUGAUACUCAUUGUGAGCAAGAUAUUAUUGAUGCUGUUGCAUUGGGAGUCGAUGCUUUUGCUCUCAAUUUAGCCGUAACAUUAGAUUCUAGCCAUUCAUGGGCAUUGAACGCUGUCAACUCCCUCUUUAAGCAUGCUCAAACUCAUAACUUUAAACUCUUUUUCUCCUUCGACAUGACCGGAUUCAACUCUCCUUCCCAAUUCAUCCCUAUCCUCAAAACAUACGUCACAAACAGCGCAUACUAUACCUAUUCCGGACAACCCUUCGUCUCGACCUUCAACGGGGGCGCUUCAUCUUUUACAUUCGGCCAAGGCAGCGUAAACGACGGCUGGAAAAACGAAGUCCAAGCAGUCAUGGCCGCAGCCGGUCAUCCCAUCUAUCUGAUCCCCUCAUUCCAAGACGUAGCCGCCACAUCAUCCUUCUUCACCAAAUACCCAACAUUAAACGGAACAUUCAAUUGGAAUUCCUGGCCCACCUAUUCCGCCGGCGACUCCCCCGUCGACACCAUCGACGACAGCAUCUAUCAAAAAGCCGCCCAAGCCGCCGGAAAAGGAUUCAUGAUGGGUAUUUCCCCCCUACAAUUCAAACACAUCGACAGCACACAAAACUGGUAUCGCCGCGGCGAAGCCAAUCUCGAAGUGCGCUUCGCUCAAGUGCUCUCCGCACAGCCCGAUUUCAUCGAAUUCCAAACGUGGAACGACGCGGGCGAAUCGCACUACAUGGGGAAUACGUGGCGGGAACCGCUGGUUUCAGAUACGACGCCCGAGGCGCUCUCGAGUAUCGCGUACGAUCACACGGGGUAUUGGCAGAUUCUCCAGAGUUUUAUCAAAGUGUGGAAGGCGGGGAAGACGAGCACGCAGACCAUGUAUCCGACGAAUGGGAAGGAUGCCCAGGGCACGUUUUGGCAUCAUACGUUGUUGAAGAAUGGAGAUUGUGCGGCGGAUUCGUUGGGGUUGGGGAAACCGGUGGGGAUUGGGGGUGUGGAGGAUAGUGUUACGGCGGUGGUGUUGGUGGCCAGUGGGGUGCAGGAGUUGAAGGGGAGUAUUAGUGUGGGGGGGAAGGUGUUGGGGACGAAGAGUUUCGAGCCGGGUUUUAAUACCAUGGUUGUGUCGAAUAUUACGACGGGGGCCGUGAGCAUGAGUGUGACGAAUGCGGCGGGGACGGUGGUGGUGAGUGGGAAGGGUCCGUUGGAGGUGGUGAAUAAGGCGAAUUUGUGUAACUAUAACUUCCAGGUUGUAGGAUUGAGUUAG